AUGAAGAAGAAGGUUUCCUCUCUGGAGCCUAAAGACCUGUGCUUACAGCUCCUAGCGUCUUUUUCCUGCACAAGAGAUUUCCGGGUCAGGAUGAAUAAAUACUUCUUGUUCCUCUUCCCCCUUUGCUGCCUCAUUGUGGCUCUAUCCCAAGUCCCCACUUUUGCCUGGUCUCACACCAUCUCUGUGCUCUCUCCAGCAGUGACAUCACUUCAGUGCAUAACAUGCCACCUUCGCACACGGACAGACCGCUGCAGAAGAGGCUUUGGUGCCUGUACUGCUCAGAAGGACGAGGCAUGCAUGCUCUUAAAGAUCUACCAGGGCAAUGCUCUGCAGAUAUCAUACAUGGUGUGUCAGAAAUUCUGCAGAGACAUGACAUUUGAUCUCGGGAAUCGGACUUAUGUUCAUACAUGCUGCAACCAAAAUUACUGUAACUUCCAACUCUAAGAUAUUUGCCCUCCUGAGGUCUCGCUUUGGAAUGUCCCCAAUGUUGCUCAUCCUUCACACUCUGAAGCCCUUGCUUUCCUUCCGUGUCUGUCCUGACAAUACCCCUGCCCUCUCAUUAACCUAAGAAGACUAAGCUAGAGUCAUCCUUUCUGGUGUCUUCAGCUUGGCUUCUCCCUCAGUCAGAGAAUAGUGGUACUGAACAAUGGAUUUCUCCUGUUAUCGGGAAUAUUGGCAUUGCCAUACUCCAAGAAACCUGCCCCAAGAGUUCCUGUACAGUAAAAUUUAAAGCAGGGACAUUCUAGAAUCCUAAUUGGCUUAACUAGUUCAGGUACACCAGAAAGUCUUCAGCUAAAAAUUCACAACAUUUUUAUCUAAAAUUCCCAUGUGUCAGGAGAAUGAUUUAAGCAGAAAUAGCAAUAAAAUGGAUGACAGAUACUGAAGAUUUUUCUCUAUGGACACCAAGUUAUUUCUACCAGCAGGCAGUGCCCACUUCAAACUCAGCCAUUGUGAUUUUCCUGGCAUUUACAAACUACAUCCUUACACUGUUAUUAGGAGAUAGCAAACAAGGGACU